AUGACAUGUAGCUACCUAGGUAGGUGCCAUGUCAACGUCAAAUGGUUGAUGCUGAUAGUCGUCCCGGGGCGACACCAGAGAUUCCUCUCCAUUUCAGCCAUCUAUGUGUCCGUUCACAACGCCGUAAUCUCCAUUGCCGCCUGCGUCGGUUGCCACAUGCAGCUAUGUAAUACUGGAGGUAUCAGCCCUUGCAGCGCGCGUUUGUGGAUCCCCUUUUGGCUCCACUUCCCUGGGAGUAACAGGCUUCACUGGGAGUACAGGGGCAAUGUUGAAUGCCGCGAAUACAGCAAGCGCGGCUUCAAGCACCUAUCAUCGACUUAUCAUUGGGUGUAG